AAUUACGAGUAAAGAUAUCUUUGGUUCAUCUGUCACCCGAGUCAAUUUGCAGCAUGAAAUGCCACCUAUCUUCAGAGAGAAAGUUAUGAAAACCAGGAAGCUGCUGGAAAGUAAUUACACCAGACCAGCUGAGUUUCUGUUUGUUGGAUUCACCGAUGACCUCCCUCUCAGGAUCACCCUGUUUGUGGUGUUUCUUGUCGUGUACUCAUUAACCGUGGCAGGGAAUUUGGGCUUAAUAAUAUUAGUUCGUAUUGAUUCAAGCCUCCGAAACCCCAUGUAUUACUUUCUGAGCAAUUUGUCCUUCUUAGACAUCUGCUACUCUACAGCAAUCACUCCCGAAAUGCUGGCGAACUUCGUGGCAUCCAGGAAGUGCAUCUCCUUCGGCUGUGUGCUGUUCUUCUUCGCCUGCUGUGCAGAUACUGAAUGCCUCCUCCUGGCUGCCAUGGCCUGUGACCGCUUUGCAGCCAUCUGCCAUCCACUGCUGUAUCCCACACUGAUGUCCCCCAAGGUCUGCCUGGGCCUCGUGGUGUUGGCCUACUUCAGUGGAAGUGUCACCUCGCUGGUGCACGUCUCCCUCACCUUCAGGCUUCCCUAUUGUGGCUCCAAUGUCAUUGAUCACUUCUUCUGUGACAUCCCUCCUCUUCUGGCCUUGUCUUGUGCAGAUACCUACGUCAACAAGCUGCUGCUCUUCUCCUUGUGUGGCUUCAUCCAGACCUGCACCUUUGUGGUGAUCUUUAUCUCUUACAUCUGCAUCCUGGCCUCUGUGCACAUCAAGUUGGUGGUGGUCACCUUAUUCUAUGGGACCCUCCUGUUCAUGUACCUGCGCCCCGCUGCCAGCUACUCCCCAGCCUUGGACAAGGUAGUCGCUCUGUUCUAUACUGUUGUCUUUCCCAUGUUUAACCCCAUCAUCUAUAGCUUCAGGAACAAGGAUGUCAAAUGUGCACUUACAAAACUAUUUAAAAGAGAGUGA